AUGUGGCAGAAAAUUUCAUUACGCGUUCUUCUAGUGGCGCUGCUUUUAAAUGCAGUGACAAGUAAAAAUAGUCGACAUUCAGCCAAUGAAGAGGACUCACCAGAUCAGUCGCGCAAUGUUGGAUCAGUACUCCUAAGGCUGCCGAGCGUUCCUAGUGGGCGCGAUCUAAGUGCAUUUUUACAGCCAACCAACCCGCCAAGAGCAUCUGCACAUGAUCACCAUCAUCACCAUCAUCAUCAUAAUGAAAGACCGCCAAGGCCACCUAAACGUCGACCACAUCAUGGCGACGAUUGCGAUGACGAUGAAUAUGAUUGUGAUGAUUAUUACUAUCCUAGACCACCAUGGGUUUACAGAUAUCCAUGGCCCUAUAAUCCGUGGUACACUGCGCCACCCGCAUCUGCACCGGCACCAGCACCAGCACCAGCACCUGCACCAGCACCACAAUAUGGAUCUGGUGCAUAUCCACCAAAUUAUGGAUAUUAUGGAGCUCAACCUUUUUACAAUCCUUACUAUGGUCAACCGCAAUACAUCUUUUACAAUAACACAUAUUACCCCGUCGCACGAACAUUUCGUAAUACGCCGAGACUUUACAACGACGUGGAAGCUGAUAGUGAAGCCUUAGAUUAUGACAUGGAUAAUGAAGAAGAAGAGGAGUGA